GAAAUUUUCAUGAAAACUCUUACACCUAAUAAUAUUUCAAUAAACUACCUUGUCGACUAUCUAAUGAGAAUUUUCAUCGAGGAAAGUAAUAUAAUAUUCAUUGGCCAAUUCUCUCGGAAAACCUUCGGGCUUGUGCAUGCACGUGCGACGGACGAUGGUGAUUUGUGUGACUCGUAGCGAAGAGAAUUAAAAUGUUAUGUAAGAAUUUUGAUCGCAAUAUGCUGCAGUGAAGUGCGUUUGAAAAUAAUUAGCACUUGCCGUUUUAUUUCAAAUUAAGUUUAUAUAUGUAUAUUUAGUGCUCGUGGGUGCAAUGUGACUUAAGAAAGUACUUCAACUAUAGAUCAAUGUGAACUAUUUUUGUGUCAGAUCCAAUAUACCCAGUGAAGCAAAUCCGAAUCAUAUAUGAAUGUGUACCAUAAGAUCAAACGAGACAUCAGCGCACGCUGGCUUAGACAUGGGAAGCGAGCACUAUUGCCUGAGAUGGAACAAUCAUCAGAGUAACUUGCUCGGGGUUUUCAGUCAGCUGCUUCAUGACGAGAGUCUUGUGGAUGUCACCUUAGCCUGCUCAGAAGGGGCCUCUAUCAGAGCGCAUAAGGUGGUGUUGUCCGCUUGUUCGUCAUAUUUCCAAGCGCUGUUCCUGGACCAUCCGUCUCGACACCCGAUCGUGAUUCUGAAGGACGUCCAUUUCGCCGAGUUGCGCACGCUUGUCGAGUUCAUGUACAAAGGCGAAGUUAACGUGCAGUACUGCCAGUUGUCGGCCCUUCUCAAAACAGCCGAGAGCCUUAAGGUUAAAGGUCUAGCCGAAAUGACGAACUUGAACGCCGCGACCACAACCUCAAACUCCUCCUCAACGAUUUCAGCGCCUAUGAUGCACGAUGCUCCCUCCGAAAGUGUGCAGACUCACCAGAUUGCCCCAAUUCCCGGAGUUUCUUCAAACAGCACAACUAACAACAUCAGCGCUUCGACGUCUAUUUCCUCAACAAUCACAAGACACCAGAAUAAUACAACAACGGCAAUUAAUCAGUUAGGGCCUAUUCUUGGUUCGACCAGUACAAAUAGCACGAACACAAAUAGUAGUCAAAUUAACCAACAAAUGCCAGUGAGUGGCUCGACACUUCAUCAGCCUAACGAAAGUAGCCAGACGUCCAGGAUCUCCAUAGACACUCUAACCAGACAUGACCGGAAACAGAAUAAUCAUCAUGCAGACAUUUCAGAUACGUCGAUCAAAAGGCAUACGAACAACAUAACCGAGCAGUCUUAUACCCCACCACCACGAUUGGAACAAUCACCCCUGUCAUUAAUCAGAGCAAAGCCUCCCGAAACGGCGACAUGUACGCCCAUGGCCUGUGAUGAUACUGAUGAUGACGAAACACCUGCAACCCUUGGAAAAUCAAUUAAUAACAAUAAUACUUCUAGUAAUGCUACAUCUACGCCAUUGGUCAAGCAUUCUAACUGUACAGAUGUCGGUUUGAAUAUGAGUAUAUCUUCGUCCUCGGAGCAUUCAACUCGUAUCGGUGUUGCUAGUAGCCAAGUUGCUGCUGCUUCUCUUGCGACGAGUAUGCCUCUUUUAUCAUCUUCUGCAGGAGGAGGUCCACCUUUGCCGCAGGCAGCACCACCGCCUUCGACAAGCGUACCUCUUCCAUCGCCUCCACAACCUCCGCAAAGAGAAGCACCUCCAGAUCCAUUACCUGGCCCAUCGGGUCUUCCACCUGUUCAGCAAGUACCUCUGUCUCUGAAGAAAGAAGUAGACUGGGAAAGAGCUGUCGAGGAAAUCAAGGCUGAAUCUUCUUCUGCUGAAUAUCUUAGGCAUGCCCAUGACCAGAGAGACAUGGCUUCAAGGUUGAUGUCAGUAUCGCCGUUCACAUUUCCAUUCCAUCCACCACUGUUUGAUCCAGAAGCAUCGGCUCGUCUGAUGGCUCUUCUGCAGCAACAGCAGUCUUUUGGCUUAGGUCUUCGAUUCAAUCAACUUUUUGCAGAGGAUCUCCUCAAGCACAAGCAUGCCACUGAAGAAGCUUUGAGAUUAAGACGGAAUCUACCAGAGGAAGAAACCCAGGAAGAAAGCGUCAGUGGUGUUAGAUGCAAUGUCUGCUUCGCUAGUUUUCCAUCAGCUUGGCUGUUGGAACAGCAUACGGCUUUGCAGCAUUUGCAGACAAGUUGCCCUUCUGGAGGAGGAGAGGAUAAACCAUUUAUUUGUGAUCAAUGUGGACAGAGUUACAGAUAUCGGUCAGCUUAUGUAAAACACAGGGAGCAAAAUCAUAGGGCUCGGCUACCUGCUGACAAAUUAUUCACAUGUGAUGUUUGCGGAAUGCAGUUUAGAUAUCUCAAGUCAUUCAAGAAGCACAGGUUGAAUCAUGCAUUGGAGAGACUACAUGGAAAAUCAGAAAUGUUUGCAUCAGGGACUUCUUCUGAUAAUCAAGUGUCCAGUUCAAACGAAAUUACCCCUGCAGCUGGUGAAGGGAUCGAAGAAAUGUCGGACCAGGAUGAUACUGUGGAUUCUGCGACAGCUUCAGCAAGUAGUGAAUUAUCCAAGCAACCUGAGACCAGCGAAGUGGAGCACGAUCCAGAGAUCGAGAUGACACGUGAAUCCGUUCCAGAAGUUACCGAAACAGAUCCUGUAGUAGAACCGUCCGAAACCAAAAGUAAUUCGACAUUAACAAUGCCCCCAACAGGAAUAUCUAUGGACGCCCAUGAAGCAUCUUUACUUAACUAUCUUAGAGCUGAUGCAGUCAGCAGGCAGAGAGAACGGAGAUUUGCUUGCCCUUUUUGCGGAAAAUGCGUCAGAUCAAAGGAAAAUCUGAAACUCCACGUCCGGAAGCACACCGGCGAGCGUCCCUUCGUCUGCCUCUUCUGCGGCCGAGCUUUCGGCGGCAAGAGCGACCUGACCCGUCACCUCCGCAUCCACACGGGCGAGAGGCCCUACCACUGCGAGGCCUGCGGGAAAUGUUUCGCGAGGGCCGAUUAUCUAUCGAAACAUCUCACGACUCAUAUACACAACGCGCCUCGUUAGGAGCCGAAAAUGACCAAGAUAAGUAAUUAGCUGUGAUUGGAUAGUAGAACAAUGAUAGGUAUCUCGAAUUUUUUAAUGAUAAGUUUGCUAGGUUUUGUGAUUUUUGUUGUAGUUGUUUGUUAACUCUUUUGCUACGAG